AUGCCUCCCACUCAGGCAGAAAGUGUUAUAAAGAAUAUCAUUCGAGAAAUAGUACAAGAAUGUGCAGCCCAUGGAGAGAUUAUUUCUGAAACGCUGAUUGCUUUUAUGGUGAAAGCUGUCGUCCUGGAUCCAAGUAAUGGCUUUAACAUGGAUAGAACCCUCGUAAAAAGUGAUGUGCAGAAACUUGUUAAGCUUUGUGUGACUCGGCUAUUGGAUAGUAAAAAUCCAUCCCUGGACACCAUUAAGAUGCAAGUCUACUUUGAUUUGAAUUAUACACGUCGAGACGAAUUUCUUGAGGAACAUCACCGGGUCCUAGAUUCUAGAAUAGGCUCUGUCAGCAGAGAAAUUACAGAUAACAGAGCAUGUACUAAGGAAGAAUUGGAAAGCCUCUACCGGAAGAUCGUCAGCUAUGUGUUACUCCGCUCUGGUCUGGGAUCCCCGACAGACAUCAAGAUUGUCAGAGAAGCAACAGCUGCCCUACACAGUGUUUUUCCUCAGGCUGAGCUUGGGACAUUUCUAACUCUUUCUAAAAAGGACAAAGAACGCCAGCUGAAAGAACUUGCCAUGAUUGUUACUGGAAUUCGUUUAUUUAACAGAGACUGUGGAAAAGGAGGAGAAGGCAUUGAUGAUUUGCCAGCUAUUCUACAUGAAGCAGUCCCAGCCACCACUCAGCAUAUUGAUUCCCAACUUGAGACCGCCCAGAACCUGGCCUACUGCUACACAGCCAUCCUUGAGAAAGCAGCAAGGAACCCACUCAUGAGUAGUGAACUUAAGCAGUAUAUGUUAAAAGAAGCGCUAUAUAAUGUGCGACAGUACGAGGUCUUCCUUCACAUCAUUUUGCUAGAGAGAGACAGAGAGAGAGUACAUACAACAGAUUUCAGAAAACUAGAAUGGCUUUUCCCAGAAACCACAGCAAAUUUUGAUAAAUUGUUAAUUCAGUAUCGGGGAUUUUGUGCUUACACAUUUGCUGCAACAAAUGGUCUUCUCCUUCCAGGAAAUCCAGCAAUUGGAAUUUUGAAAUAUAAAGAAAAGUAUUACACUUUCAAUACUAGAGAUGCCGCAUAUUCGUUUGCAGAAAAUCCUGAAAUUUAUAUUGAUUUAGUUAGAGAAAAGGCCAAAAAAAAUGUAGAAUUAAUUCAGCUACUGGAACUUCACCAACAGUUUGAAACACUCAUUCCAUAUUCUCAGAUGAGAGAAGUUGACAAACAUUAUAUAAAACCAAUUACAAAAUCUGAAAGCAGCUCACAGACUGAUACACACAUAUUGCCACCAACAAUUGUGAGAUCGUACGAAUGGAAUGAAUGGGAAUUAAGAAGAAAAGCUAUACNNNAGGCCAAUUUACGUCAGAAAGUUACUCACUCAGUACAAACUGAUCUUAGUCACAUGAGAAGAGAAAAUUAUUCCCAGGUGUACCUUUCAAAGAACUCUGGCACCCAGUCGCUGAGGGAAGGCAGCACUGGAGUGCCCAGGCCCCAGAUUUACUUAGCUGGUCUUCGAGGCAAACCGAGCAAAGUCACCCAUGAUGUCAAGGUGAACUUAACCAGAGCUGUUGAUGAAACCUAG